UAGUUGUAAAAAUGGCAAAUCCUUGGAUCGCUGUUGCAGUUUGCACAUUGUCCUUAGCAUGUACCCUAAUAGCUGCACCUGUAAACAAAGGAUUAAUACAGAAGAUAUGUGAUAAAAACGAUGACAAUCUUCUGAAAGACUUAGCCAAAUGCCACGAGAUAUUUGCAACAGAUGAGAAUAAGAGAGUGGGGAAGUUGUGCGGUGCUGAAAUUGCCCCUGAAACGAAUGGAGAUACUUUUAAGUUGUCAAAGAAAGUCUGCCAAGACCUUUCUGUUAUAGAUUCAAUGGUAAAAUGCUUCAAAAAGCAUAACCAAGAUUCUACUGAAAUGAAGGACAUGGGAAAAGCGGCAGCAUGCAUUUUCACAGCUUUUAUGAAAAAUGAUUACAUGGACCUAAUUGGUGAUUAACAUGAAAAAAAGAACCGAAUCUUCAAGCGAUCCAGCUCUUACUUAUGUUAAACAUUCAUUUAAAAAAACCAAUAUCGUGUUAUAACUGAGAGUUGUACUGAUGAGCUAUACAUUGUAUAACAGAUGAGCUAUAUUACUGCAUCGUAUUCUAUAAAAUAAACCAUAAUUUUCCAUA